AUGAGCCUAGGAUUCCAGGUCAUCACCAGAGGCUUGACCAGCGUCUGUGUGUGGUUGUCGUCUGACCAGCUGGACUAUCUAUCAGCUAGAGACCAAUGUCAAGCAAAGGGUGCUCAUCUAUUCACGCCAAAGACCCAAGAGAAACUAGAAAUUUUACUGAACAUUGUACCAGACAAGAGCAGUCCCAUCUGGAUAGGAUUAAACGACAUGGAAGAAAGUUUUAAUUUUGUGUGGGAGGACGACCAAAGCGUGUUAGACGAUUCGUGGGCCAAAGUUCUAUUUCAUCCAGGAGACCCAAAUAACAUGUACGACAUAGAGAGAUGUGUGUGUUACCAGCCUGAUAGCGAACCUGUCAUUGACCAACCCUGCGACACGCCUGCCCUCUACCUGUGUGAAGUCAACCCAGCCGUGUGA